AUGAGGAAGGUGACGUGGGGCGUGCUGCUGGGGGGCUGUGUGGCUCUGUCCUGGGCCGGGGCCACCCACAGCGCCAAGCAGGCCCUGGCUGGACUCCAUGCCCCCUACUUCAUCACCUGGUUCUGCAGCGUCUGGAACCUGCUCCUCUUCCCCAUAUACUACCUGGGCCACUUACUGGGAGCCGAGCAGAGACUGUGGCCCACCUCCUGCUUCAGACAGUGCAGCAGUUUCCUAGGGGACGGCGGAGUGACGGUCAGGGUGCUGCUGAAGGGGGCGGCGCCGUUCUCAGUGCUGUGGAGCCUCUCGGGGUACCUGUACCUCCUGGCCCUCCACCGCAUCUCCACCAGCGACGCCAGCGCGGUCCUCUGCUGCAGCCAGGCCUUCAUCUUCCUCCUCUCCUGGAUCGGGCUCAAGGACCGCUUCAUGGGAGUGAGGAUUGUGGCAGCCAUCCUGUCCAUUACUGGGAUUGUCAUGAUGGCGUAUGCUGACGGUUUCCAUAGUGAUUCAAUAAUUGGUGUGGCACUUGGAGUGGGCUCUGCCUCCACAUCUGCCUUGUACAAGGUGCUGUUCAGAAAGCGAGUGGGAGAGUUCCGCCCUGGGCCGGCCAGCGUGCUGCUGUCGUGCGUGGGCCUGUUCAGCUGUGUGCUGCACUCCUGGGUGUGUGUGCUGCUCUACCUCACACACGUGGAGUACUGGCCCCCAUCUCAGGCCAUGCCCUGGAACACACUCUGCAUCAUGGCCUCACUGUUGAUGGCUUUCAACGUGUUGGUGAACCUUGGGGUUGCACUAACAUACCCCUGCCUCAUCUCUCUCGGGGUCCUUUUGAGUAUUCCAGCAAGCACAGCGGUAGAUAUUUUGGUGACCUCCUCAGUGACCCAGUUAAGUCAAGUGAGAAUAGCUGCAGCAGGUAUCAUUGCAGCCGGUUAUGUAAUGUUGUUGCUCCCCGAAAACUGGGACGAAAGCACCCUACGCUGCCUUGGAAAGCUCUGGCCUGGAAGCUGGAGAGAGGAUAGUGUGGUGGUUGAAGAGCUCACCGUGGACAGUGCUGGAGCUACACGGACAAAACCCAAACCUGCUGGAGUUGCAGCACUUUCUCGAUCUGGAUUGGGUGGUUUGCAUGAAACAAUGUGAUUGUGUAUAAAGGGAUAUUAUUUGUAAAUGUAUAUAUCAUUUAUUAUAACUAGAACUUUGUCGACCAAUGCUUCAUCCAAUGAAUGCACGCCUUGGCAGUUCUGCUGAUAUAUUUCUAAAUAUGGCCUAUUUAACAAGCUUUUGAGGUGUGUGUGCAUGUUCUGAUAUUUGUGUAAAGCGUUGUGACACAUUAAUAAAUACUUACUUGUA